AUGGCCCAACCACCACCGACGGAUUUCUCUGAGGGAGCAGAUUUCAUAUCCUUCGGUUUGUCCCCUCCUCCCGAAGCUGGUCCUUCCACCUCCAAAACAGGCUUAGCAUCUUUACCUCCUAAACCAGCUACUACAAAUACGGAGAAUAGUACCAGUAACAGUAGUAGAAAGGGAAAAAGAAAAGUAUCAGAUGCGGGAUCCACCAUAACGCAACAGCAAGAUACGGGAAAAGAUAAAGAUAAGAAGUCAUCUAAAAAGCAGAAGAAAGGUAAACGAGAUAGAGAAAAGGAUAAACAGAAGGAAAAGGAUGAGACUGGACCUAGAAAUUUGAAAGAGGAGAGAAAAGCGAACGAAAGACAUGCACCAUGGUGUGAUUUGGUGGAUUGGGAGAAGUGUAGAGAUCCUUCUGAAAUGUUAAAUGAAGAGAUCAACGCGUUCUAUAAAUACGUUUCACCAACCAAAGAAGAGUUUGAAGUUAGGCUCUUCAUGAUCGAAUUGAUCAGUAGGAGCAUACUGAAACUUUGGCCAGAUGCUGAGGUUACACCUUUUGGAAGUUGGCAGACGCAGCUGUAUUUACCGCAGGGCGAUAUCGAUCUGGUGGUUACGAACAAACACUUCUCCGAAUCUAACAAAGCUAGGUUACUAGCUGAUAUGGCUAGAGCGAUGAGGAUGGCUAGAAUAACGGACGAAGUGGCUAUAAUAUCAAGAGCUAGAGUACCUAUCAUCAAGUUUAUAACUAACGAAGGCAAACUAAACGUCGAUAUAUCAUUGAAUCAAGUAAACGGUAUAUCAGCUAGCAAAAUCAUCAAUCAGUAUCUUGAUUCUCUACCUGGAUCAAGGCAGUUGAUAUUGGUAGUGAAAUCUUUCCUGAGUCAAAGAUCGAUGAAUGAGGUAUACACAGGUGGAUUGGGUAGUUAUGCGGUUAUUUGUCUUGUGAUCAGUUUUUUACAGGUACAUCCGAAGUUACGCAAAUCAGAAUUGGAGCCAGAGGAGAAUCUGGGUACACUCCUAAUUGAGUUUUUCGAACUGUAUGGACGCAAUUUCAAUUAUCAAGAUGUAGGAUUGUCGAUACGUAAAGGCGGUUAUUAUUACUUGAAAUCGUCCAGAGGAUGGUUACGACCUAAUCAGAGUUUCUUGUUGAGCAUUGAGGAUCCGCAGGAUAGAGAUAAUGAUAUCUCAGGUGGCUCGUUCGGAAUCAGGCAGGUGAAGAAUACCCUCGCGGGAGCGUAUGAAUUACUCCUUAUGAGAUUGUUCGAGAGGGCCGAUGAGAUCAGUGGGAGAACAUCGGGUAGAAGGAAAGAUGAGAUAGAUCCGGAUAAGAUGAGUAUAUUGAGUGGUGUGAUGGGCAUAACCAAGGAGACACUCAAACAACGUACAGCUCUUCAACAACUCCAUCAAAGUGGGAAACUCCAAAAACUGUUAUCUAUACCCAUGGGCGCCAACCCAGAACAAUACGUUAUCAACUAUCGACCACCUCCCAUACUAUUUACCCCACGAUCGAAAGAUCGUUCAAAAGCCUCAUCUCGCAAUACAUCUGUAUCCGUACCGAAGGAUCGAAAUACGAAUGGUGGAGUAGGAGCGAUCAUCGUGGAUGAUGAUGAAGUAUCUGAACCUGAUAUCAACGAUUCAUCAUAUGAAUUUGAAGAUUCGUCCUUCGACGAAGAUGAAGACGAGGAUGGGGAAAUUGGACCGGACGAUACUUUCGCUAUGCUCAAACCUGACAAACAAGAUAAUAAUAAUCUAAGAGCGAAAGCGGCUGCUGUGGAAGCUAGAUAUGGAGGUUCAAGUGAUGUUUCGGAAGAUGAUAUUGAGAUUUUGGAUUCACCACCUGAGGAAUCGAGGUAUAGUAUAUCCAAAAAUAGCAAAAAUAAGAAACGAUCGACGACGAGUCAGACGAAUAAAAGUAAGAAGAAUAAGAAGAACAAUCAAGAUAAAGAUGAAUUCGAUUCAAUCUCAAGCGAUAGUGACAGUGAUAGUGAUACCGAUAGUUCAGUUCAGUAUAUCGAACCUCCCCCUCCUCAACCUAAGAAAGGAUAUGCCACCGGUGGAAAAGAAAGAAGAGCGUUCUGGGCAUCAAAAGGUGGAUUAGGAAGGGCUGGAGGGGGUGAUGAUGAUUUUGAGAAUGAUGCGGAUUAUAUCGGAUUGGACUAG